ACAAGCGUUCGAUAGAUACAUGAAGGGGAACGUAAGAAAAAAAUAUAGUUGGCUUAAAUUCAACAGGGACUUUUUUCCUACCUACAUAAUUGACCUCUAUGAAUGUUUACGUUGAGAUCAAGUAAUUGUUUAUUGUGCCAUCUUUGCCUACUUAGAAUGAAUUCAACUGGAAAGACGAAAAACAGGUUUUCACCACAACCCAUGGGAUUUAAAUAUAAACUUACUCUGUGUUUAUUCGGACCAUUAAAUUUGGGUUUCCUACGUGACUUUGCAAAAAGGUUUUUGUACUUUGCAUGAUACGUGCUGAAGCAGCAUUUAUUCAGAACUAUGGCACAGAGUGAGCGAAAUCUAUUCCUCAUUAUUUGCAGUAUUGUUAUAAUACUAACCGAAAACUGUCAUAUAUCGCCACAUGUCGAUGAGUGCGGAAAUGUGGGGUUGCUGUGGAAUUGCAGUGGGUUAAAUUUAUACAGAUUACCUAUCUUGCUCCCUCCCGAGUUGAAGAAUCAAAAUGUAACUUUAGAUUUGUCCUUUAACCAGUUUAUCUCUGUAACGGAAGACACCUUUGAACACAUAGCCACCCACUCCAAUGUUACUUCAGUUAUUCUUCAUCAUAACAAUAUAACGGAGAUUGGAAAUACAACUUUUCAGAAAAUGUCAAAUUUAUGCUGCUUAGAUCUUUCGAAUUCACAUCUUGAAAAAACCACAAUUGACACAGGGGCGUUUCUGAACACUUCUAGUCUAAAAUUUCUUCGAAUUGACCGGAAUGAGUUUCAACAUGAUGGGUAUCCUUAUUUAUCAUUUUCAAAGUUAACCUCGUUGACAUUUUUAACAAUUGACAUUUUCUCGGGAUUUUCUUUCACAAAAGCGUUUGAAAACCUUGAGAAUUUAUCUGAAUUGGAGUUCAAUUCUAUCGGUAUAUUUCGAUUGUCAAAUACAUCAUUUCUUGGUCUUAAAAAUUCCCCAAUCCGAAGCAUAACAAUGGAUUUCAGAUAUCACGUAUGCUGUGACGUCACAGAAGACCUGUUUUGCUCUUUUCCGGUCAUUUCUCGUGAGAUAGUUUUAAACUUCGGUGGGUACUGUGACGUGAUUGUUGCACUGAGGUCUCUUAAAUGUCUACAAAAUCGUAAAAUAGAAAGUAUAUCUUUGUCAAGCAACAAGAAAAGAAUUGAAUCCGGUAUCUUAAUCUUAAAUAAUUGGACGAUGGAAUAUCUCGCUAAUAUCUGCGUAAAGAAUCUGUCUUUGGGAUACAAUAGCAUAGUGUUUUUAAAUGCAACUCUUUAUAAAACAACGCUAUGGAAAUGCUUAGAAAAAUUCGAUUUUCAUGGAAAUAAUAUGCAUGUUAUUGAUGUUUCCACAUUAAUGAGUUUGUUAACUUUACCAAAGAUUCGAAUCUUGAAUCUAUGCUGCAAUAACCCUCCAACCAGUAAAACAAAAUACAGGGAUGAUCCUUUCCAAAUACAAAAACAUAGAUUUAUCUAUGUAAAUAUCACUUUAUCAAAGAAUUUAAAACUUUUAGAUAUUUCUGAUAAUUACUUCCAUAACACAAAUGGGUGGAAUCUGCGUUUUGUAUUAAUAGGAGAAGAACUGGAGGAACUGUACCUUCAAAAGACCAAUUUCCCUCUUCACACAAUAACUAAAUUUAACUUUCCAAACUUGAUCAAACUUAAUUUAUCAGAGAAUAGUUUUCGUCAGGUACAUUCCGAUAUGUUUCAAGGAGUACGUAAUCUUCACCAUUUGUAUGUUUUAGACGUUGGUUUGAAUAACACUGCUCAUUCUAUUUCUAAUAGCCUGUUUAAAAAUCUGAAAAACCUGUUAACACUUGAUUUUUCGAAAAACGGUUUGGCCUUUUUGCCCUCAUUACUAUUAAUGGACCAAAAACAUUCUCUCACAGAAAUUAGACUGGAUCACAAUAGGUUCUCGGCUGUUCCAAGUGUCCUGACCGAACUGAAAGAGUUAAAAACGCUAUAUGUUCGGUUCAAUUUGAUAUCCAAAUUUUCCAGGAAUGAUCAAAGACUUUUUCAAUCAUUAAGUAAUCUGUCAAUAUAUAUAGAAGGAAAUCCGAUCACCUGUGCAUGUACAGGCCUUCAAUCUUUGAAAUGGAUGAAAGCUCACCAAAAUAUAUUUUAUGACCUAAACAAGGUUUUGUGUGUGGAGAGUAAAAUACCCAUUGUUCAGUUGUUAUACGAAAAAGAGUGGAGGAAGUUUGAACUUAACUGUCAGACGGAUGACUGGCUCGUUUUUUCUGUCUGUUUGUUGUUCUUUACAAUAGUAUCUCUCACUAUAAUAGCCUCUGUCAAAAGAUAUCGCGUUCAUUUAGAAUAUGUCAUUUUGCGACUUAAAAACAGGUGGAAAGGUGUCCACCAAAAAAGCAACGAGGAUAUGUUCCUAUAUGAUGUGUAUAUUUCAUAUAAUGAUGCAGACUGCUCAUGGGUCAUUGAAACAUUGUAUCCGAAAUUAGAGGUUUUGAACAUAAAAACGUGGUUUGGAGAUAAGGAUUCGAUUCCAGGACGUUGGAAGUCGGAGGAGAUAGUCGGCUGUAUCAACGAGAGCAGAAAAGUGAUGUUUAUUAUGAGCGAGAGUUUUCUUGAAAGGGGAUGGCACUCGUAUGCUGUUCAAAUGGCAAUAACCCACGCAUUUCAUAACCAACGUCAAAGAUCUAUUGUGCUUAUCAUUAAAGACGGACUUCCUCUGGAUAGGCUUCCAAACGAAAUAAAAAACAUUUGGUGGUGUAUCGAGCAUUUCAGAUGGCCAGAAAAUGAACAACACGAUGAAAUGAUAUUCUCAACUUUAUCUAAAAUUUUGAAACCAAAAUAGAUGUAUAUCUUUGUUUUUUAAGAGAUUGUUUAAUCUAUUACCAUGUGUAUAUAGUAUUAUAUACCCAAUAAGCAAUUUUCUUUCUAAGCGUUAAGCAUAUGAAUAACGUGUUAUAAUCACUCGGGGUCUCAUCGACGAAUCUAUGCACAAGUACAUAGAAAGUAUAUCAAAUUAUUGCCAUAAUUAUGGCCAAGGCGUUAACAAUUUCUGUUUGUUUGUGAAAAUUCCCUUUGUCUCUCCCUACCAUUUCGCUGUUUUAGGAGAUAUCUGGAAUUCUAUUUUUAAAUGCAAUUUAUUCCUCUGUCUUUAAUUAGUUUUGUUUUAUACAUAAUUAACCUAAGUGUUAAAU